CGUACAGGGUCAAGGUAAACACGAAUUUAUAACUUCGUCCUCUACACGUUUAAAUCAGUGUUUCAAAAUCAAUAGUGGAGUUGAACAAAACAUAUUAACUAACGCAUAAAGAUAAAGUGUGAUUAGAGUAUGGAUUUACACAAGUCCUUGAUAGAAUCUUCAGAUUCUGUGAGUGAUGAACCGUAUCUAAAUACAGAAGCUAAUGUCUCUGGAGAUGCUGACAUUUCAUUUAAUACGGAUUUGAGUGGAUCACUUGUAAACUCUUCUGACUGUGUUGGAUCGGAUAUGUCGUAUUCUAUAAAUACAUCGUCAGAUUUUAGCCAGUCGAAUUUAAAAACAACAGCUAAAAGAGGUCAGUUAGGUCAAUCAUUUGUCAACUCUUCAGACGUGGCUGAUGAUGAAUUGAAUGCCCCAGUACUAGCCGCUUCAGGUAAUACCAGUGAUGCCACAAGUACGAGAAGAGAAAUCGAUAUUAAAGCAUCUUCAUUAACUGAAAAGUGUGCCGAACAUGAUGACCUAAUCAAGAUGUUCUGUCGCCAGCAUGAUGAGGUCUGUUGUAGUGUUUGCAUUGCUCUCUAUCAUAGAAAAUGCGACGAUGUAUUGCUCAUAACGAAACUAAAAAAUGAUGUGUUAGAAGAAGUUGAACAACAAGAAGUGGCAACUUCAUUGGAAAACAUCAUUGGAGAAUUACAUGUGGUGAAAGAACAGCGAACAAGGGAACUUAAUGAAUGUAAAAAUGAAUUGAAGGAUGACUUGGAGGAAAUAAAAAAAAUCAAGGAUCAGCUCAUCGCCAAAGUAGAAGAGCUUGAAAUUGCAUCUAAAAUUGUUGUAAGAGAACGUAGAAAUACCAUUUGUUCCGACCUGACAGAGGACAUCGCCAUGGUGCAAGAUAUGAUUGCAAAUACAGAAGCUAGAUUAAAGCAAGUUACUCAAAGCAGUCAUCGAACCAAACCAACAACGCGUGAAUUUGUGAAAUGCAAGAUAUCUCAGAAGUAUGUUCAGGAAACUGAAAUUGUAGUAGAAGGUAUGAAGUGCAAAAAGGCUGAUUUCCUAAGAUUUCAUUUUAAUAAAGGUUUGCAGACAUGCCUGGAUGGCUAUAAAACUGUUGGUGACUUACGCAUAGUGGAAGCUGGUAACGCAGCUUCAGCAUCAGGUAUAUACAAUUUACAAACAUGGCGGGAUUCCUUGAAGCCAGAAAUAUUCGACAUUUGUAUUCUGGAUACAAACACUGUUCUUGUUUCAGAUAUCGCGAAUAAUAAAGUAAAAAGACUUGAUCAGUCAUGUAGGAUUGUAGAUACUCUGUCCAUAUCUGGGGGACCUUUUGGUAUUUGUAACUCGGGGGCAAACGAAGUCGCUGUUACAGUACUAAACGAAAUGAGAGUACAAUUCGUUAAUGUGGCGUCUAAUAUGAAGCAGACCGGUUCUUUUGGGGUUGAUGUAAGGUGUAGAGGUAUUUGUCAUUCGCGAGGCGAGCUAUUUGUUUCUUGUGGCGGUUCUGUCUAUUCCGAUGAUAGAGAAGGUCCUGGUCAUAUUCGAGUCUACGACAAUUCUGGAAAACUAGUACGAACACUUCAGACGGAUGAUCUGGAACGAAACAUAUUUGAUAUUCCACGCCACCUCGUAGCCAGUACUGAUGGUGAAUGUCUCUAUGUUGCAGAUAAUAGCAAGGGAUUGCUUUUGCUGACUAGGGAUGGUGCAUUAAAAGAAAUAUUGAAUGAGAAAAUAGUAAAACAACCUUAUGGCGUAUGUUUAGGUGAAGAAAAUCGGAUAUUUGCCUGUUCUAUUGAUAACCAUAUGGCGGUUCAAAUGGAUAACCAUGGAAAACUCGUGUCAGAACCAUUACAACGAACAGACAGGUUAUACAAACCUACUGCCAUCAAAUUUUGCCAAAACACGAAAAGACUUUUUAUUGCGGUCAAUCCCAUAGGAGUAAAUCUUGUUGUCUUCAAUAUAGUGACCGAAACAGAACUUUAAUUUAAAACGAAAAUAUACUACAUAUAUAUGCCAAAACAUUAAGUUACAUUAAAUACAUUGUCAUAUGCAAAAACCUGCAGCUGAUAAAGUUGCUUAAGUUCUGUCCAGAUUUUCUAAGAUAUUUCAGAAAUACAUGACCUUUUUCUAUCGAUUCGCUUUUCUCACUUUUUAUGAAAUAUAGCCGGAUUAUUUAAUUCUAUACAUGUGUCGUGAGAUAUUUUUGGAAGGAAAAUGUAACAAACCACCUAACUGAUUAGGAACGUAAGCUAAUUAGAUAGAGAGAAAAUAAGUAAUUGAUCAUGGUCUGCAAUCUUUUUUGUUCAGUCAGUAAAUUUUCAGUGAACAUCCUAUUGAAUAAUUAGUGGUUUGACCAAAUUGAUUUAUUUCAGAAGUUUAUCAGGGUAAUGGUUAAUAGACGAUAUCUGUAUAAUUAACGAAACUUUCUUCUGAAAAUAUGUUACAGCUGUUACUCAAAUUGUGUUGACUUAACUGCACUUGAAAACAUUAAAAGUGUUACCGAUUCAAGGAGCUAAAUAUUAUGCCUGCUGCGGGCCCUCGGCAUGUUUCUACCAUUAAUAAGUAGAAAUGCGUAUCACUUUUAAUUAACCCACACAUUGGUCAGGAUUCCUCACCGGAUUUCUUUACUUUCUCUUUGUAUUUGAGAAAAUCAACCUGAAGGUGUUAACCUGAUUAGAUGAGCAUACAUUUAUUUUAACUGUUCUAGAUGAAUAAUGCCAACCAACUUUUUUAAUUACCAACUUUAAGUCAGUGGACCCGGGAUGACAUUCGUGAAUUUCCGUGUGAUACCUUAGUCUCGAUAGGCAAUUCGACAUUUUUCGGACAUAGAUAUAGCUCAAUGCACACAUAGCCUUCCGUAAAAUCCGGAGAAUGCCAAAAUCGCACACGGAGAAUAUGUAUAUUCUUAUUGCGGGGCCAUAACCUGAGCUUGAAAGGACCUUUAUAAUACAUGGGACACUAUAUUAUCAACAGUUUUGGGAUAGAAUUCCAACACUACAGAAAGCACAAAACAAAUACUUGUAAAACCAACAGAUUUUAUUGUUUUUCUAUAUACAUUUCCAGUGGACAAGUAGAAAUGUAACACUCUUAACAGAAACAGUUUGGAGUAUAUAUUAACUAAUGGCGAAACAACAAUAUCUAUAAAGCUUGUUAUAAUAAUUACCCCAGAUGUUUUUAUUCAAAGAUAAAGAGUAAGAUUGUAUAUUCAAUGGCAAAUUGGCGACAAGGUGGGUUCAUCUAAAGGAAAGGUAACAGAGGCUUGUUUGGGUAUUGUGACGCUUUCGUAAAAGUUUGAAAAAUGAAAAAGAA